CCUUUCAAAUAAAAGACCUUCCGAAAAGUCAUUGUGACCAAACCAUCCUAUGGAAGAGACGGUGCUCCAGAAGAAAGAAAGAACUACUUGACAGAGUGAGGGCAAAGCUUCAUCUCGGUGGAGGAUUCCAAAUAUGAAUCUGUGGGUCUUUGUCAACGUGCCGAAGAGAGGAACCUGGCAGAGUAGACAGAGGACACUUUGUCAACAGCCUGGGCUCCUGCACAGCUCAGCCUGUUCGCUCACUCUCUGCUUUUCAUUUCUGCCAUCCCAAGAAAAUGCAGUGGGUCCUCAUCUCCACCCUUCUUACAAUCCCUUAUAUUCAGCAGCUUUCUUUCAGGGCAUCAGGCCAAAGGCAACAUCAAGGAAAGACUGGAGAAAGUGCAGCCAACAGUGAACUGCAUCAGCGCCAAGAGUUAUGUCACUGGCCCUGCAGAUGCCCACCUGUGCCAAGCUGCAGUCCUGGGGUGAGCCUGGUGAGAGAUGGGUGUGGAUGUUGCUGGAUGUGUGCCAAACAAGUAAACACCACCUGUAAUGAAGCAGAGGUCUGUGACCAUCACAAGGGACUCUACUGUGAUUACUCUGCAGAUAAGCCUAGGUAUGAAAGAGGAAUAUGUGCAUAUAUGAUAGCCGUUGGCUGUGAGCUAAACGGUAUGUACUAUACCAAUGGCCAAUCUUUCCAGCCUUCUCCUCUGUUUUCGUGCCUGUGUGUGAAUGGUGCCAUUGGAUGCACACCGGUAUUCAUCCAGAAGUCAGCAUCAAAUAAUUGUGCAUUGCACAAGGACAAAAAGAAGGAUGGAUAUUCCAACUGUGCUUUAGGGCAUUUGGAAGAACGGCGAACAAGACAUUACCGAAUAAUGUCAGCUUUCAGAAAUGUUCCUCUUGUUUUGAAAAAGAAAUGCCUCAUACAAACAACUCCAUGGACACCUUGUUCCCGAACUUGUGGUAUUGGCAUCUCUGACAGGGUGACCAACGGAAACAGUAAAUGUGAAAUGAGGAAGGAAAAGAGACUGUGUUAUAUUCAACCCUGUCAAGCAAAUUUUACAAAGAUUCUGAAGAUUCCAAAAGGAAAAACGUGUCGGCCCACCUUUCAGCUCGCUAAAGCUGAGAAACUAGUCUUCUCUGGAUGCACAAGUAGACAAAUAUACAAACCUGUGUUUUGUGGAAUCUGCCUGGAUAAGAGAUGCUGCAUACCCAAUAAGUCUGUAAUGAUUACAGUACAGUUUGAUUGCCCUGAGGAAGCAUCCAUCAAGUGGAAGAUGAUGUGGAUUACAUCUUGUGUUUGUCAAAAGAUAUGUGAUGAUCCAGGAGACUUGUUUUCUGAACUCAGGCUUUUAUAAGAAAUGUGUGGAAAGAAAAUACCCCCUCCUUUUUUUUUGCCAUGAAAAAGGUGGCCACGUCCAUACUGAAUGCAAUUCACUACCCAGUAUAUAAAAUAUUAACCAAAAGGAUUAUUUUUAAAGUUUUGA